CAUGCAACACUGCCAUGCAUGUCUCGCGCUGACUGUCGGGAGCCUUCGCUGCUGUGGUAAUGUCCGCCAUGUUUGCCAUGGCGCAGAGAGCGAAUCAACCGAGAGAAAACCGGUAUUAAAUCCAGGAAAAUUUGCUACAAACUGCCAUUCAGCCCAAGAUUCCAAACCUUUGUGCCCUCAUGAGUCCACAUGGGGUGAAAAGUUACGGACUCGGAGUGUUUUGUGACCGAGAUUUCUAAGCGGUUUUACCUGCCCCCUUUCACGUUUUCUGUUAUUGUGAUCGGAGAGAGGGGGAACAAUGAGUAAACUCUCCUUCCGAGCGCGGGCGCUAGACGCCGCUAAACCUCUCCCUCUCUUCCGUGGUAAAGACAUGCCGGAUUUAAAUGACUGCGUCUCUAUCAACCGGGCUGUUCCCCAAAUGCCUACAGGAAUGGAAAAAGAAGAGGAAUCGGAACACCAUUUGCAGCGAGCAAUCUCAGCACAGCAGGUUUACAGAGAAAAGAAGGAGAACAUGGUUAUUCCAGUCCCUGAAGCUGAGAGCAAUGUCACAUACUAUAGUCGACUCUACAAAGGAGAGUUUAAACAACCUAAACAGUUCAUUCACAUUCAACCAUUUAGCCUUGACAAUGAACAGCCAGACUACGACAUGGACUCUGAAGAUGAGACUCUCUUAAACAGACUAAAUAGGAAAAUGGAAAUCAGGCCACUACAGUUUGAAACGAUGAUAGACAGGUUGGAGAAAGCCAGUGCUAAUCAGCUGGUUAAUCUUCAAGAGGCUAAAUUGCUGUUGAAUGAAGAUGAUUAUCUUAUAAAGGCUGUGUAUGACUACUGGGUGAGAAAACGUAAGAACUGCAAAGCACCAUCCCUUAUCCCUCAAAUCAAGCAAGAGAAAAGAGAUGGCUCUACCAACAAUGACCCUUAUGUUGCCUUUAGGAGAAGAACAGAAAAAAUGCAAACACGCAAGAACCGGAAGAAUGAUGAAGCUUCUUAUGAGAAGAUGUUAAAAUUAAGAAGGGAAUUUAGCAGAGCUAUAACCAUUUUGGAAAUGGUAAAGAGGAGAGAGAAGACCAAACGAGAGUUGUUGCAUCUAACUUUGGAGGUUAUAGAGAAGAGGUAUCAUAUGGGUGACUUUGGAGGUGAAAUUCUAAACGAAGUUAAAGUUCACAAACCUGAGAAGCCUGUUUAUAGCACUCCAAUAUCCCUUCAUAAUGGAAACCAUCACAGAGUUCCAGAAUGCAAACCAAAGCACCUUCAUCAUAUGUCUAUUAAAGAAGAGGUUACAGAUACUGUCAGGCAGAAGAAGAAAUACCCAAAGAAACUUAAAUCAGAAGGCAUGCUUUCUCACCAACAGUCUGCAUCUGACAUUGUUCCUACUCUGAAUAAAAGUGACAUCAAACAGUAUGAUUUUCAAAGCUCAGAUGAAGACGAAUUUUUGCAAGUACCAUCCCCUUUGUCGGAGCCUGAAGAAGAAAGUGACCCAGAUGGGCCUUUUGCUUUUAGAAGAAGAGCUGGUUGCCAUUACCUUGCGCCACGUUUGGACCAAGCUGAUGGUUACAUGUGGGAGAACCCUGAAUUAGCAGGAUUAGAUAGGCUUAAACAUAGACACUGCUUGACAACCCUCACAGUACCUCGGAGGUGUAUAGGCUUUGCACGGAGACGUGUUGGACGAGGAGGAAGGUUAUUAAUGGACAGAAUAUCAACAGACAAUGAUCGCAUUCUUUUGAAUCUUGAUCCGGAUGCAUUGAACUUUCCUUCACGCUCUUCUGAUACCACAGACUUUACGCAAAAUUCCACAUGGACCAAAUCUUCCAAUAAAAAUUGCAGGAAUAGACUGUUGCUCUCUGAAAUAUUAAGCAAUAUAAAAUCUUGUCGAUUGCGGUGUUUUCAGCCACGGUCAUUUCAUGUUCAGGAUACAGAUGAGGAUUGUGCCUCGAGAAAAUUAGGACUUGUAAAUACCCGCAGACUACCCACAUCUUCUGUGACACUAUUAAACACCAGCAAAAACGGCGUAUCAGUUACGGGUGGUAUCACAGAAGAACAGUUUCAGACACACCAACAGCAACUUGUUCAGAUGCAAAGGCAACAGCUGGCUCAACUCCAACAAAAGCCACAGUCCACACAUUCCUCUCACCAGCUACAUCCAAAUUCACAGGGAUCAAACACUUCAGACUGCAUGUCAAAGACGCUUGAUUCUGCCAGUGCCCAGUUUGCUGCAUCAGCUGUCGUUAGUGCACCUGCUCCUGGACGUAUAGAAGUAACCAAGGAUAAUGGGCCAGGCCACAGCAGUAACAUAAAUGGUGUUGUUCAGACUUCAGGGACCUCCAAAGCUCUUCAUUCCUUAAACACAACGUUGUCCUCCAGCCCAUCAGUUUCAGCUGUACAGCUCGUAAGGACAGUUGGUCACACUACCACAAAUCACCUUAUCCCUGCAUUGUGCACAAGCAGUCCACAAACUCUUCCUAUGAACAGUUCCUGUCUGACAAAUGCAGUGCACCUCAACAGUGUUGUCUCCCCUGUCAAUGUUCAUCUAAGCACAAGGACUUCAGCCCCAACACCAACUGCCUUAAAGCUUGCCACUGUGGCUACCAGCUUGGACAGGGUGCCAAAGGUGACUUCCAGUAGUGCAGUCAGUGGCUUAGCAAGAGAGACUCAUGAACCAGAAAGAUUGGCAUUAAAUGGAAUUUCAGAAACCACAGUUGCAAUGGAAGUGACGUAGCUUCAGAACAGUGCAUUCUGACCUCUGUAGGCAGAAAAUUGCUAUUCCAGAACGAAUGCAAAACAUUAGCACACUGUGGGUUGUGCACAGGGUGCCAAUUAUGGACCUAAAUGGACAUGGAUCAUAUCUUAUAUUAAAAUGUCAAUAUAUAAAUGUAAAUUUUGUAAAGUUGGAAAGAUCACUACCUUGUAAAAUAGUUUAUUUGUAUCAUCAAUAUUGUUUCUGUUACUUGAAUAGUAGAUACUCAUCAUCAUGCUUUUGCACUUGAAUUUGCAGACAAAUGGAGUUUUAAAAAAAGACAGUUAAUCAGGAUCAUGAGCAUGAAAUGGGAUCCUGCAUCACUUGUUUUAACUAUUUAUUUUGCCAUGUUUACAUUUUGUAUCUUGUACAAAUAAAUCCAACUUUGUGUCUAAAGAAAAAAUGUUAAAAGAUUCGUAGGUAGAAAAUUAAAUUCUUGUAAUUUUUUCUAAAAAGAAAAAAUGUAAAGUUUUCACUCAGUUCAUUUUAUUUCAAAAAUUGAGUAGAUAAGAGUUUUGGUAAAUAGCGACAUUUCACAGUCAGAUAUGAAGUUCAAGGCAAAAUAGUAUUUUCUAUUACUGUGCAGAGGUAAGGUUUGGGUCAGUACAUAAAUUUAAUGUAGUUACUCAGUUUUACAUAUAUUUUGAAUGUAUUCUAUUUAUAAUGCCAGUUUAUACAAAUCAUUACGUGGAAAUAUGACUUGACAGAAGUUAUGCCUUUACCACUUAAAAAUUGUGCAAAUGUGAAUUUCAGAUUCAGUUUUCCUGAUAUUUGCUUAUUUUAAUUAUUUUGAACGUUAUAGUUGCAAAUCAUAUACACAACUGAAGGUUUUUUAUAUUCCAACACCUGUAUUGCUGCAAUAAUUAGUGGAUAUCUAAUUGUUGGACUUUCCCUAAAUUGGUUUGGGGAGGUGGGCUAAUGGAAAAACUGUCUUUUUAUGCUUACAGUGUUUUCCUGUGGCCAAAAAGCAAGUAACAGGCCUGAAAGAUAGUCUGUGUAUAUAUGUGUUUGUAUGUAUAUUGUAUAAAGAUUGUGUGUAUAUGUGUCUGUGUGUG